UGCCCAUUCCCUUCGAACGACUAUAAACUGCAAACGGAAAACCUUUUCGAUUCGGAUCUUUUAGGUUACCACUACCUAAUUUCCUAUCCUCAAUGAAUCGUCCAAGGUCUGAUUUUACUGCGAUGAAUCGACAGGAAAUUAGUGACAGUUGAGAACUGGGCGUCGUGACACCCAACCGAACUGCAGGAAUUUUUGUAUGCGAGUGUUCAACGUCCGUGAACUGGUACAUUUCUUGCUCGUGAUGUUUGAUUUGAAACUGUGUCAAUGUGUGACGUCGUCGAUGAAUUUCGAGAACGAACUGCUGGUUCUUCAAGACGGAAGGAAAGUUUUGCCAGUGAUUUUCAUUUUUGAAAAAAGGCUUCCUUUUUGCAACCGAACAAAGAUCGGAAUGACAACGACACCCUGCGUGAAUUCAACAAAGUCAAGAAGAAACGUAACUGGGGAGCCUUUCAAUCAUUUCGUCUUUGCCUGCAGCUAUGACGACGCCAUCAUAAAAGGAGUAUUGGGAGGGGAGCACGAGGACAGCCCUUUCCAACAUCUUUGGAUAUUUCAUUCUAAUGGAAUUGUGCUAGCCGGGGUUCGAAUAAAUUGCACCUUGAACUAGUCGCUGUUUCGAGACAAUGAACGUGUCACGCAAAUGUUUCUGUUUUUAUUUGAAAGAUUCCAAGCCAAAAAUAAAAAGAAUAUGAAAGAAGA